UCUUUGUAAUCACCUGGAUUGAAAGAGUUGAAAGGAGUUAAUGAGUCAAUUGACAAAGCUAAGGAGGAAACGAUGGACAAUCGAAGCUACUUGAAUCUGCCAGAAAAGCUGCCUGCCUUCUCUGAUCCUACCCACUUGCCGCUGACCAGGUCCUUCUAUCUGGACCCCAUGGUCACGUUCCACCUGUAUCCUGAUGCCCCAGUGCCAUCCCCUUACUCUGAAGACCUGCCAUUGCUGUCUUUUCCCAGUGAUUCCCUGAUCAUGGAAAAUUAUGGUGAACCCUGCCCCUUCUCCUUCCCAGUGCCUUAUCCAAAUUACAGAAGGUGUGAAUACUCCUAUGGGCCGGCCUUUAUCCGGAAAAGGAAUGAGCGGGAAAGGCAGCGGGUAAAGAGUGUCAAUGAAGGCUAUGCCCAGCUCCGACAUCAUCUGCCAGAGGAGUACUUGGAGAAACGACUCAGCAAAGUGGAAACCCUCAGAGCUGCUAUCAAGUAUAUUAAUUACCUGCAGUCUCUUCUGUAUCCUGAUAAGGCGGAGACAAAGAAUAACCCAGGGAAAGUUUCCUCCAUAAUGGCAGUCACCAGCCGCCACCCUGACCCCAUUUUUAGAAUUAUUUGAUUCAGUGUUUCUGAAUAGAAACAAAUAAUUUCACAAAAUGGAGUCUCUUACAGCAUCAUUCAGUAGUUUUUCUUAAGUGUAAUUUCUGCAUAGGGAGAUAACAGCUCAAUUGUCCACCUGUGCUGGGUAUUUCCUGCCAGAGUUUCAGAUGUACUAAACAUGAUCUUAUGGACAUUGAAGAGAUGUGUCUUAAGCUUUGGUGAUUUCUUUCAAGAAAUUUAGAGGGGCAGGAGUCCCCAGGAUUCUCUAUACCCCUCACCUUGCCCUUCUCACACACUUGGCCAGAGUCUCAGCUGUGAGAAACCCUCACGAGAGUAUUGUAAGAUCUGAUCAAUGAGUAAUCAAUGCUUGUAAUGCCCUUUGCAAACACUUCGUGCUAAGUGAUCACAA